UGCCUGUGCGAGGAUAUGAAACGGAUCUCCCCCGUUCGACCUUUCACCCCUAGCCGUGCCGUGGCGUCCAUGCUGCCUGGUUGUGGGUCCCGUGUGCUGCUAAACUUGCUGGUCCCUGCGAAACCCCUCAGGUUCCCUCCUCUCCGCUUUCCGUCAAGACUUCUUGGGACCAUGGCGUACCAAACCAUCGAGAGAGGUGCACCCAACACCCUGGACUAUCGGAUUUAUUUCAAGGGACCUGAGGGACCAGUCUCACCAUUUCAUGACAUACCGCUCUUCUCAAACUCUGAGAACAAGACCUUCAACAUGGUGGUAGAGGUGCCUCGCUGGACUAAUGCCAAGAUGGAGAUUGCCACCAAGGAGAAACUGAACCCCAUCAAACAGGAUGUGAAGAAGGGGAAGCUGCGUUAUGUGGCGAACUGCUUCCCACAUAAAGGUUACAUCUGGAACUAUGGAGCUCUACCACAGACAUGGGAAGACCCAAACUGUAAGGAUGAGUCCACUCAGUGUAUGGGAGACAAUGAUCCAAUAGACGUCUGUGAAAUUGGUCAUAGGGUCAAGAGAAGAGGAGAAAUUGUGCAGGUCAAAGUCUUGGGAACUCUGGCACUCAUAGAUGAAGGUGAGACGGACUGGAAGCUGAUAGCCGUGGAUGUGGAGGACCCAAUGGCUAAAGAAAUGGACGAUAUACAAGAUGUUGAGAAGAAGUUCCCAGGACUGCUUUCAGCCACAGUUGAGUGGUUCAAGAUCUACAAAAUGCCCGAUGGAAAGCCGCCAAAUACAUUUGCUUUCAAUGACGAGUCCAAGAACAGGGACUUUGCUCAUAAAAUCAUAGAAGAGACACACCAACACUGGAAGGCUCUUGUGAACAAAACUGUCAAGGACACCAAAGGCCUCGCAAUAGCCAAUGUGUCUGUUGAAGGCAGUGCAGAAAAACUGUCUGCUGCAGAUGCCCAAGCUACUAUUGAUGCCAGUCCAGAACCAAAACCUGCUGAAGAAAUAGAUGCUGCAAAAAUUGACAAGUGGUACUACAUUGACUUGAAGAACAAGUCCGUUCUGUAAACAAGAAGUCAUGAACCUACAAGAACAUCCCUGACUUUCCCUGAUGUCAUCUUGUUCGUAUUUCAAGCUGCCGCUUUUUAAGAUCAAAGUAUUUUUUGUCCGAAUUGAGUCAACUGUACUGUCACAUUCUCUGCCCUUGCUGUAAAUCUGUAUCCCCGAUGUUGUCGCGCCGCAUUUGGUUUGUCUAGUGUCAUUAUCAAUUUGAAACACACAGUAACAUAACAAACAGUCAUAAUGUACAUCAUUCUGUAAUAAAUAAAGUCUGAUUGUCCACAA